CCAAUCAUCUCCUCAAAUAGCCCUGAUACAGGCAAACCAUUUGACAGGGCCAACCUGGAUGACGACGAAAGAGCUCUACAACUUCCAAUCUCCACAACUAGUUUUGACCUAACUGUCACAAGUGUGUUGUGGAUAACUGUGGAUGAGGAAACUGCAGGAAAUGAACUGUUAGUGGAGAUAGCAUUAUUUCUGUCCGCCCAAUAGUGAGCUUUAUAAAGCCUACUCCUCAGGCUUGAUUGAUUGACCAGACACUCUGGAAACUUAAGCCUUCCACGAACACAACUUUGGAAAGUGAGUGACUAUAAAGUGAGCGGGUGAGUGCAUUUCAAAACUCUCAACAUCAUUAGGAGAGUUCUAAGGCCAUCAGCUUGUUCACCAUGCUGACCAGCUUUGAUGUGCAGGCCUGGCUAAACAGCAACUGGUCUGAACUUAACAAUACACACUGGCUAGGAAACGAAAGCUGGGUUCAGGAUGCUAACACAACAGACAGACCCCCGGCAGGAAUUUCUCCACCCCCAGACCUCAUCUUUAGAAUUCUAGAGACCUUCCUGGAGUUCCGUAUUUCCCAGUAUCUGGGCAUCUAUGGCUACCCUGCUCUGAUAGUCAUCGGCAGCUUGGGGAAUGCUCUGAGCUUUGUGAUCAUGUCUCGUAAAACUAUGAUCACAGUAUCCACCUGUUUUUACAUGGCCGUUCUGGCCGUGGCCGACACGAUAGUGCUGUACUUCAGCUGCCUACGCAGGUGGAUAACCUACCUGCAGAACUAUGACACCAGUAAUGUGAGCCCCGCAGGGUGCAAGACACUCACUUUCAUCACCUACUGGAGCUUCCAGUUCUCUUCCUGGAUACUGGUCAUCAUGACAAUCGACCGAUUCCUGGCAAUCCACUACCCUCUGACGGCCUUGACCUUCAGAGUUCUGCGACACCCCAAGUGGAUAGUUCUUGUCAUCGCUCUCGUUUGUUCUGCGUUUGAUCUGCAGUACUUUUUCAUCACAGACCUCAACGAGGAAGGAGUGUGUUUACCAUUAGAGGAGCAUCGAUACUUUCACGAGAAAGUCUGGCCAUGGCUGGACGCGACAAUAUAUUCUUUUCUUCCCUUUGUCCUUUUGCUCGUGUUUAACAUUAUUAUAAUUGUGGACAACAAAAAAGCACAGAAACGGCAGGCUGUUUUGCAGGCUGGCCCCGACUAUGGUUCUUCUACCCAGGCGAGACAAGACACGAGCAGUAAAAUCACCAUUAUGCUCCUCACAGUCUCUUUCUCGUUCCUUGUCUGUUCAGCGCCAAAGGUCAUCCUCAUGAUCAUUCGCGAGGACACGUUCGAGUUUUACGGUGAAAACGGCAGUAUAAACUGGCAAGACCUGGCGACCUACAGACUGGUCUCAGCCAUAACUAACAUUUUUCUCUACAUAAACCACAGCAUCAACUUUCUUCUCUACUGUGUCAGUGGCCGAAAAUUUCGCCAGGAACUUAGAAAUAUUUUCAGACAUUCAACCAAAUCGUUUCAUUUAAGAGGGAAACGGAGGUCGGUGGCCUCGACAUGUACUUCCAUGUCAGAGCUGAACAGUCGCAGUUCAUUUCAGAGGCAAUCCUCCAGCGAGGGAAGUGUGAAUUCUGAUGUCAGUGACAGACAAGAUCCUACAACAUGUAUACCCUGAUGGCAGAGACCAUGUACACUGCAGUAGUGUAAAGAAUACAAAUUCCUAGAGUUGUGAUUCUAACAUUUAUAUACACAUAUAAACAUUUCUCAUUCCUCGUUUAUAGAGCAAUGACAAUCU